AUAUUUCACCCAAUCCUUCUCUUUCAGAUAUUCUACCUGAUCCUUCUUUUUCAGAUAUUUCACCCAAUCCUUCUUUUCUUAUAAAUAAACAUAUUAAAACAAGAAGUUAUUUAAUACCUAAAAUUAACAAAGCAAAAGAAAUUUUUAGUAGAGACUUGGCUUUACAUAUUGAAGAAUCUGAUAGCAUUUCAAGUAAAGAGGAAAUGGAAUCAUUUGAUUCUGAUUACGAUAAUGAAUUAGAACUAUUUGACCCUAAUAUGGAUAAUGAAGAGGAUGAAUAUCAAAAUUUUGGAGACAAUCAAAUAUUUGCUAUAUCCAAUAUUUCUUUAACUA